AUGGUGGAAAGCGAUAAUUAUAAAGAACAGACUAAACAGAACAAUGGGGUUGUUCCCAUAUUUCAACAAAAGAGGAAAGGUCGGGACAGAGAAGGUUUGAAGCGAAAAAAGCCAAAUGUUGAAUCAAAUACUCUAAAUAAAUCAGAUCAUUCAGAUGAAGAUGAGGACGAAGUGGACGACAUUCGAUCUACGAGGGACUACUUACUAUCCCAGCAAAAAAAGCAAGCCCGAAUGGUUCCUGAUGCAUCUUCGGAUCAUUACAAGAAGAAGGAAGAUCAAAAUUCUUCUAUAUCAAAAGACAUAAACGUAGAAUACUCUGCCAACUUGAAUGUGCAUGGCGAUGAGAUGAACACAUCCACAGUUAUCAUCCCAAACGAAUCUUCAAAUGAUGAAGAGAGUGCUCAUUUUAAGAAGCAAUGUACAUUGUCAUCAGACUUGUUUCAAUCGCAAAACGACUAUUCAAAAUUUUUACCUAAAAAGGAACCGAUAAGCAAGAAAGCACAGACUGGACCAGUCCGUCCGUCGCCAUCGUCGGCUGCAAUCCGUACGAUUACAGUGAUAGAUUAUCAACCAGACGUCUGUAAAGACUACAAGUUGACAGGGUUUUGCGGUUAUGGUGAUACUUGUAAGUUUCUGCACAUGAGAGAAGACUACAAAGCUGGCUGGCAAUUAGAUCAAGAAUGGAAUGAAGCACAAUCCAAAUUCCGUAAGGGUAUAAAAAAUGUGGACGGCGUUCCAAAAAACGAAAAAGAAGAGGAAAUCCCAUUUGUUUGUUUGAUUUGCAAAAAGGACUACAAAGACCCGAUUGUAACGGUUUGCAAGCAUCACUUUUGUGAAAAUUGUGCCGUAGAACGCUACAGAAAGACUCCUACUUGUGUACAAUGCGGUGCAGAUACCAAGGGAUUGUUUUCCAUUGAUAAACAAAUGAACUUACUUUUGAAGAAAAGAAAACAGGAAGAAACCCAUGGCAUCCAACCGAAGGAGGUUAAUAGGUUCCAACCGAUUUCAAAGGAAAACUUGGUUAGUGAUGAUAUUUUACCACAGGAAAAACAGGAUAAAGAAAUUGGACAACCAGAUUCUUCAGAUACUACUGUUGAUUCCGUAGCUUCUAAUAAACCAAUUUCAAGGUAUUCACUCGUUGAGUUAACGAAUGAAAACAUUAACUCAUUUAAACGGCUGAAUCAAGUUGUUUUGAAUACAAAUUAUAGCGAAACAUUCUAUAAGAACAUCCUAAAAGACAAUGAACUUUCACGCGUGGCUCUCUUUGAAAACAAAGUUGUAGGAGGCCUGAGUUGCGUUAAAAAUAGAGACGAAUUACUUUACAUAGCUACAUUUUCAGUUCUAGCCCCUUACAGAAAUUUAGGAAUUGGUUCGUUACUUUUGGAUUUUGCAAAUCGUUCAGCCCACAGAUUAGCUUUGGACGCAAUUACUUUACACGUUCGAUGUUCUAAUGAAGAUAGUGUUGAUUGGUAUACUCGGCGUGGUUUCAAGAUAAUUGAGCGUGUACCAAAGCUUUAUAAGCGAUUUGCUGACGGUGAUUCUGAUGCCUUUCUUAUGAGACGCGACCUAGACAGUUAA